AUGGCGAGUGAUAUAAUCAACUAUUCUUCUCGACAUUAUCAACCGAAUUAUUCAGUGAAGCAAGAAUGCAUGACGGCCCUCGGUGUAGCGGCCACGCCGUUGUCUUCAGCUGUUCCCGGCGACGGGCGUUACGUCGUCCAGGACCUGUCGCCGUCGGCUCCGUCCUACUGGAUGCCGGCCGCGGAACAGCAGCAGAUGGUGACGUGCGUCGUCGGUAGCACCGCGUCGUCUUCAUCGUCGUUCGUGGACGACGAAUCCACGUCGUACGAGGACAUCACGUACAAUAAUUACGGACCAUCUUCGGUUGCAGCGUUGCAGGCCGCCGCCGCGGCCGCGGCUGCCGUGGCCAAUAGCGACUACAGUGGCCUUUACGGUCAUCAUCUGCAGCAACACCCACAGCAACAGCAGCAGCCGUUGCUGCAGUACGGUAACGUCGGUUACUACGACGGCGGCAGCGGCGGUUACCACCAGCUCGACCACUUGCAGGGCUACGACGAAAAGCCGGCGGCGUACGACAACAACAACGCGGCCGAUGUAUGCGACAUGAAUUCCGCAGUAACGGCCGCAGCCGUGGCCGUCGCUUACGACGAUCCGUACGCCGCGGCCGCCGUGUCACAACUCGAUCGACAGCCGCUUACGCCACAGUACCGUCCUGUACAACAAAGCAACAACAAUGCCUCUGCUGCCGACGAUGACGACGACGACGACGAAAACGACGACGACGAAGAAGCAAACGACGAUGAUGAUGACAACAAUAAACGGCUGCCGCUUCAGCCGCAACGGCAACAGCAACUGCAAUUUCAGCGGCGACAACAGCUGCUGCAACAGCAACAGCACAUGAUGCAGCAACAGUGCAGUUCUUCGGAGUCGGUCCCGACGACUCUGAUGCAGGCGGCGGUGCCUGUUGUGCGCGUCGUCAAGCGCAGGAACACGGCCAACAAGAAGGAACGGCGGCGGACGCAGAGCAUCAACAACGCGUUCUCCGACCUCCGGGACUGCAUACCCAACGUGCCGUCCGACACCAAACUGUCGAAAAUCAAAACGCUCCGGCUGGCCACGUCUUACAUUGGUUACCUUAUGACCGUGCUGGACAGCGACGACCCGGACACGGACGGUUUCAAAGCCGACCUGUCCGCGCACACGUCCAAGCGGUCGGCUCAGACGCCACACGUGCAGGCCGAGAAGGCCCAACAACAGCAGAUGAUGAUCGCCCGAAACCCUUUGAAUCCUACCAACGACCACCAACACCAAGAACACCAACACCACCACAAGCGGAGCAAAGGCAGGACCGGGUGGCCACAAGACGUGUGGGCAUUAGAACUGAAACAAGAACAAGUGUAA